AUGGAGAGACAGGCCAUCGAGAGCAGCACGAGAGGAGAGGAGAGGCCCGGGUUCUCCUCGUGCGGCCAGAGACCGCGCCAGAGCCCCCCCCCCCCCCCAGGCUGGGAUUCCUUCCUCCAGCACCCGCGCAAACCCACCUGGCGCUGGCCAGCCCACCUGCGACCCCCGGGCCCCGCUCCAGGGGCGCCGACCACCCUGCCGCCCCCGCCCGCAGCGCCUCCGCGCCAGACCUUCACGCCCUUGGCGUGGGGCUCCUACUCGCCCCGCCACCUGCCCCAGACCCUCUGCGGUCCCCGCGCGCCCCCACACCGGGAAGUGAUGCCCCCUUCCGGCCCAAGGCCGCUGACCGAAAACUCACCUGGUCUUCGCCUCCUCCAACCUCCUCAUCACCGCCACCCACCCGCCCCACGGCCCGCUCGCCGGAGCCACUCACCGGCCGCGCCGUCUCCUCGGCGGCCUCCCGGCGGAGCAACCAAGGGGCCGCGGGGGGCCGGGCCGCCGCUGUCGCCGCCGCCGCCGCCGCCGCCUCGCCUCAGCCCAGCCCCAUCGCCCUCGGCCGGCGCUGGCGGCCACGGGUCGCUCGAGCUCGAGGCGCCGCCGCCGCCGCCGCGCGCUGCGGCUCGGGGUGAGCGGAGGGCGGCGCCGCGGCAGGGCCCGGGCCGGGCGCAGGGGCGUCCGCGCUCUCCUCGGCGCCCGCGGCGGCGGCGUGCAGCCGGGCAGGACAGAACAAGGGAGGGCGGCGAGCGGAGGCGCUGGGGAGGGGGGCGGUCUGUACUCGAAACGGCCUCCCGCCGCCGGCGACGGAGCGAACCCCCCUCCCCUAGGCGGCAGCGUCCGGAGCACGCUGCGGGGAGAGCCGGCGGGCAGGCGGGGGAGCGCGCGCGCGGCGAGCUCGGGACUCCCGCGCCGGAUGUGAGGUCACGUGAUUGCCUCAUCCCAGCGCCGAGGCCGGAGGGGCGCGGAGGGGACGUCAGGGGAGGGGCGGGGCGAUGUCAGGCCCCGCCCACCUUCCCGCCUUCAGACCCCCGGAGGCCGGGACGGAACGGACCCGUGGGGGACAGCGCUCCUAGGCAGACGAGUGUCGGACAGGAAUUUGCUAAUGGGAGGAGGUGCAAUUUGCCCCUCUGUGUGAAGACAAGAUCAUAA